AUGGACUCCCCCGACCCCUUCACCCCCACCUUCAGCGCCUCCACCUUCCAGGGCAUCCCCAACCGCACGCUCCCCGACGACUGCAUGGAGUACACCCUCUUCCUCCCCUCCCUGCUCACCUCUCCACUCUCCGCAAAGGCGCGCCUCGAGACGAUACAGCCGCUCGCAAAAGAGCUCGCAGCCAAAUGGUCCGAGGGCUACAUCUGGCAGCGCGAGGGAGUAUGGGAUGCGGUGGACGACGAGUGGUUUGUGGUGUGGAUGCUGAGGGAGCUGAGUGCGCGCUUUGCGGAUCUGUGGAUACGAGUCUACGACACCGACGGCGAAUUCCUACUCAUCGAGGCGGCCAACGCGCUGCCAAAAUGGCUCAACCCCGAGAUUGCCGACCACCGCGUCUGGAUCAACUCCACCCGCCUUCUGAUAGUACCGCUCUCCGCCGUUCCUUCCCCCACCACCACCACCACCACCCGCACAGCCCCCAUCUCCCGCCCCCUCACCCUCACCGAAGCCCUCUCUACCCUGCACACCUACACCACCACCAUCCCGCCGCUCCCCACACUAACACACAUCCGCCUCGUCGAAGAAGAGUCCUUCUACCGCACCACGCGCUACCCCUCCGCCGCCGCCCACAACACCCACCACGCCCUCACCACCCUCCCCCGCCCCCUCGCCCACCUCCUCCACAUGCACCCCGCCACCAUCGCUGCCGCAGUCGAAGCCUUCUACCUCCGCGACCCCAUCAGCCUCAAGUCCCUCACCCCAAUGACGCACUUCCCCCCCACCGACCCCGUCACCGUCUCCACAAAAUUCACAAAAACCCUCUACGCCCAGCUCAAAGCCCAAUCCUUCACGCCCCCCCCCAGCGCCUGCUUCCCCCCCAGCACCACCACCACCAACAACGCCCUCGACAUUGGCACAAAGCUCACCAGCGGCUUCGAAAUGCUCCUCUCCGACGCCACCGCGCCCCAACUCCUCUCCCCCUCCCGGCAGCGCACCAUAUCCACCAUCCGCACCUUCCUCGCCUCCCCACCCACCCCGCCACCAACCGACGCCGAGAUCGCCGCCACAUGGCCCACCACCGCCGACAGCGAGGAGUGGCUCGACGUGGACUACGCGCACGGGGUUGAGGGUGCGGAGGUGGAGGGGGAUGAUGAGAUGGAUGUGGAUGAUGAGUUGAAUUCGGGGGAUGAUGAUGAGGAGGAGGAUGAUGAGGAAGGGGAGGAGGAUAGAGAGGUCUCCUUCGACGAGCGCGAGUUUGAAAGGAUGAUGCGCGAGAUGAUGGGGAUGCCCGUGUCUACGCUGGAACGGGAGCGGGCGGCGGAAGCCGAGGACGACGGCGAGGAGGCAGAGAUCAGGAAGGUGAUGCGGCAGGUUGAGGCGGAGCUGCGGGAGGCUGGCGCGCUGGAGACGUCGCUGCCGAAGCUGCGGGUUAAAGAGGUUGACAACGAGGAUGCGGAGGAGGAGGAGGACAACGCAGAGCUCGAUAUCGACUACGCCUUGGCCGCCAACAUGUUGGAGAGCUUCAAGGGCCAAGGCGGGCUGGCGGGGCCUGGCGGGAACUUGCUGGCGCGGAUGGGCAUGGGGUUGCCGCCGCGGGAUGAGGGCGACCACCAGGAUAGUGAAAAGAGGGAGAUUGGAGGUGAGAGGAUGAAGUAG